CAUUUUUGCCCUCUUUCUUUUAUUUCUUCUUUUCUAGGGUUUCACCAAAAUCUCCUUCAACUCAAAUCUCCACCACCAAAUCACCCACGCCAUCGCCAUCGCCAUCGCCAUCGCCAUCGCCACCAUAUGGCCGAAGUCAUUAACAUGCCUGUCGAUUCUCUUGACCGCCGUGGCCGCGAACGCGACCGCAAAGAGAAAUCCUCAGCCGACGAUCCACAAUCGUCCUCUCCACCGCCACCUCAUCCACACCAAAAUAAUUCUAGACGACGCGACAGAGAUUCUAGAGAUAGAGACUUUGAUAGGCCGCCUCCGCCUCCACAGAAUCGACGUGAUUUUUACGAAAGGAAUCAUAAUCACCAUCGCUCUCCUCCUCUGCCACCGAGAGAGAGGGAGAGAGAGUAUAAGAGAAGGAACAGUUUAAGUCCUCCUCCGAUACCAUAUAGAGAUAGGAGACAUUCGCCUCCGGCUAGAAGAUCACCGCCUUAUAAGAGGUCGAGGAGAGAUGAUGGAGGGUAUGAUGGGAGGAGAGGGAGCCCUAGAGGUGGUUUUGGACCUGGUGAUAGAAGGUUUGGUUAUGAUUAUGGCGGUGGAUAUGAACGCGAGAUGGGGGGUAGGCCUGGGUAUCCCGAUGACCGGCCUCGUGGCCGGUACAUGGGUCGUGCUGGUGGAUAUCAAAGUGGUCCCUCUGAAUGGGAUUCUGGACGUGGCAAUUACAUUGAUGCCUCAAACACAAUGAGCACUCAAAGAGAAGGCUUGAUGUCAUACAAGCAAUUCAUUCAGGAGCUUGAAGACGAUGUUCUUCCAGCAGAAGCUGAGCGCAGAUAUCAAGAAUACAAGUCAGAGUAUAUUUCAACCCAAAAAAGAGUGUUUUUUGAGGCUCAUAAGGAUGAGGAAUGGUUGAAAGACAAAUAUCAUCCAACAAAUUUAGUUGCUGUCAUAGAAAGGAGGAAUGAACUUGCGCGGAAGGCUGCAAAGGAUUUUCUGCUAGACUUGCAGAGUGGAACCUUAGACUUAGGUCCUGGUAUCAAUGUACUAUCUUCAAAUAAAUCAGGACAAACAAGCGACCCAAAUUCUGAUGACGAAGUGGACACUAGUGGCAAAAGAAGACGUCAUGGCCGUGCACCAGCUAAGGAAAAUGAUAUUCUUUCAGCUGCUCCUAAGGCUCACCCAGUCAGCUCAGAGCCUAGAAGAAUUCAAAUUGAUGUUGAACAAGCUCAGGCCCUUGUUCGCAAACUUGACUCGGAAAAAGGAAUUGAAGAAAAUAUUUUAGGUGGAUCUGACAAUGAGAAAAUGAAUAGAGAGAAACCCCAUGGCAGCUCUAGUGGACCUGUUAUCAUCAUACGAGGCUUAACCUCUGUCAAGGGUCUGGAGGGCAUUGAACUAUUGGAUACACUUAUUACUUAUCUUUGGCGUGUACAUGGUUUGGAUUAUUAUGGAAUGGUUGAAACCAUUGAAGCUAAGGGUGUCAGGCAUGUGAGAGCAGAGGGUAAAAGUUCUGAUGUGAAUAAUAGCGGGAUGGAGUGGGAAAAGAAACUGGACUCACGUUGGCAAGAAAGGUUGAGGAGUCAAGAUCCUUUGGAAGUAAUGACUGCUAAGGAAAAGAUAGAGGCUACUGCUGUUGAAUCUUUGGAUCCCUAUGUCCGGAAGAUUAGGGAUGAAAAAUAUGGAUGGAAGUAUGGUUGUGGAGCUAAGGGUUGCACAAAGCUCUUUCAUGCAGCUGAGUUUGUGCACAAGCAUCUCAAACUGAAACACCCUGAGCUUGUAAUGGAGCUGACCUCAAAAUUGCGGGAGGAUCUGUAUUUCCAGAAUUACAUGAAUGAUCCAGAUGCGCCUGGUGGCACACCUGUUAUGCAGCAGCCUUUACCGAAAGACAAGCCACAAAGACGCAAGUUAGGUCCAGAAAAUAGAUUAAAGGAUGAAAGAGGCAACCGUAGAGAGCAUGACAGUAGGGCAAAUGGCAGUGAAAGAUUUGACAGGUCUGAAAACCCCCAGACAGGUGACUUUCAGUCCAACAAUGAUGGACCUGAUGGAGGGAAUCACGAUGACGGAAUGUAUGACAAUUUUGGCGGACAAGGCAUUCAUGUACCUUCUUUCCCCUCAGAUAUACCUCCUCCUCCAGUAUUGAUGCCUGUACCUGGUGCUGGGCCACUAGGGCCAUUUGUUCCUGCUCCACCUGAAGUUGCAAUGCGGAUGUUCAGAGAGCAGGGUGGUCCUCCUCCAUUUGAAAGUGGUGGCAGAAAUGGAAGGCCUGGGCCCCAGUUAAGUGGGCCAGCGCCCAUUCUUCUAUCGCCAGCAUUUCGGCAGGAUCCUCGUCGAAUACGCAGUUAUCAAGACCUAGACGCACCAGAUGAUGAAGUCACUGUGAUAGAUUACAGAAGCUUGUAGGUGUCACAGUUGGAAGAACAGUAAGAUCUGUGUUUCUUUUUCGUAGAGGGAAGACUAAACUAGUCCAAGGUCAACUAUUAUUAUUUGGAGGUAAUCCAACUGUAGAAGCAAUCACCACGUACCUGAAUUCAUUUGGGUCUGAACUGCUUGUUGGGUGCUCACCAGCGGCUCUUAGUGUCGAUGUACCACUGCCUGCUGUGAUUGUAAUGCAGAAUUUCAGUGAUGCAAAGUGGUCCUUAUUAUUUUUCCCCUUUUUUAGUUCCCCUCACUUAGCCUGAUAUAAAAGCCUUUGAUGUAUUUAGGGGUUGGAAUCUACAAUGUUUAGACAAAAUUGUGCCUGUAAAAUGGACUUAUGUGGAACACAGAUUUGAGAUGGCUGUUCA